AUGGCUGGAAUUUCGCACACCUCCCCUCUGGGAGUAGCUGGUGUGACUGAGGAUAUAUCUCCAACAUGCCGCCCUUCACUGAGGGGAGUCUCCAGAGUAAUACCGGAGGAUUCCUCUGUGAGAAGGAAACUGGUCGAUGAAAGAGAACAUAUUGUUCUCUCUGCUGCGUGUGCCAGUGCUUUCGAAGUUGCGUCGGAUAGUGGUAGUGGUGCGAAAACGGUGAGGAAGGAUGUUUCCUUUGCGGCGGUUGUGAGGGGGGUUUGUGACGUGGCGACAGCUCCUGGGAGCAAAUCUCGGGUCCGUUCGAAACCCGGAUCUGCGAUCCCUCCUGGUCGAACUGUUCAUAGAGGAAUACGUAAAAUGAAUUCCGCUGCGGUUUUGAUUAGUUGUGACGAGGGAGGCCCCUCAUAUGUGGAGGUGAUGGGUGAGGCGAGAUCCAAUGUUUCACUCGAGGAAUUGGGCAUCACUGACAUGAGAGUCAGACGUGCUCAGACUGGUGAUUUUCUGGUGGAGAUUCCGGGGGAGGAUGCUGAGUCAAAAGCUGACUCUCUUGUGAGCCGAUUAAAUUCCCUCUUCAAAGACCAGACUGGAAUCAAGGUGGUAUGGCCGAUUAGAAGAGUGGAAUUCCGUCUUCUAAACUUGAACGAAUCCGUUAUGGUUUGUGAGAUUGCGGAAGCUGUAGCAACGCAUGGGAAUGUACAGUCGAGUGACGUGGGUCCUCUGAGACCAGAUAGAGGUGGCCUUAACACCGCACCGGACAGUGUCCGGUCACAUGUGCGAAUCAGAUACAGAAAGAUGGACUUCGCAUUAGCGAAGCUGGUCCAAAGUACGUUUGGUGCCUUUGGCCAAGAGGAGACUCCACUGCUACAGGAACAUACGGCUAUUGACUGCAAGACUUCACCUCAUUGCCCGGUUUGUGCAGAGAGAAAUCUACCUGCUGGGCAUAGAGCAGGAAGAGAUGGUUGCGUUCCUUAUAAUAGCCCGAUAAGAACAGCGACAAGUGAGAGGGCUGAUAAUAGCGACAGAAGAGAAGAGUCUUGCUAUUCGAACGUCUGAGGCUGUUUCCCCCAGGAGAGGAUGUCGGUUGACGUUCCCAAUGGCUAAUAUGGACAAAUGUAUAUUGGACAAAUAAACGUCAAUCGAUCGAGAUCUGUGCAGGAUUUUAUCGCGCGGGUGUGCGAGGAGAAACGAUUGGGACUUGUUGCCGUAUCGGAACCUCAUUCAGUGAUGUAGACUUCAUAUUCAUACCUAC